AUGGCGCGGAAGUUGUUGAUAUUGUUCAUGCUGUUGUUAUGGUCCUUUCCUUCCGUAUCCAUCGACUUUUCGAUCCGUUAUGUGACUCCUCAGGAUUGUCAGGCAAAUCAGUACUUUCAAUUCUCGUCGUUGCGCUGUAUUGACUGUCAAACACCCGGUCAAAAACGUGCCGAAGAUAUGCUUUCAUGCGUCUGCGAAACGGGAUACAAGACAACCUCUUAUAAUGGUGGACCUACGGUUAACUGCGAAAGAUGCGACUCCACGGGUUCAUCAAACAGCACAAGUUCAUUUGAUGGCAGUUUCUGUAUCAAUUGUCCGAAAAACGUUGGUACCUGCCAGAGCUGUCCAGCCAAUUUCUUCGCUUCUGACCGAAGCCAAGAUGGCAGGCGAUUGACGACCAGAAGGUGCAUUUCUUGUGUGGGAGACACAAUAGCGACAGGUGUGAUUGAAAAACCAAGCUGCCAGCGCUGUCAUUCAAGCUUUUUCAUCUUCAAUGAUACUUUUUGCUCAGAUUGUAACAACGUGGAUGGGUACAGCACAUCUGGAGGAAUAUGUUUUCGGGACACGAUAUUACUUACACAACCGCUUUCCAAUGUAAAUGACAAAGUAAAAUACAGCGACAAAGAAAUUUUGUCUUCUUUUUUCCAACAACAUUUGAAAGCUGCUCAAAUACUUUGCAGCGAUAAUUCCAAUUUCACAGCGUGUCAGUUGUUGGGGAACCUGUGCGUGAUGCUUGAAUAUACUCAGAGUGGUAAUGAUGCUUGCAAACUGUUUACAGAUCUGGUUAACAUCAAAAAUGCAGAUAAAAUUGUUGGUGAUAAUCGGGAUUGGCCUGUCGUCAUGCCGUGGUUAUUUUAUGAAAAGUCAGUUGAUGAUGCACCUGAAGCCCUUGACAAGAAAGACAUAACCAAACAAUUUCAAUCAAGUGAGGAAAUGAGCUUUAUUUUUGCAGUUUUUGCUCUUAAUGGUUCAUUUAUUGGCUUUGAAGAAGGCCUUGAUGUUUUGCAGUUAUGUAAAGACCGACCAUCAAAAAUGGCAGCAGCAUUGAAGUUUGCUACCACAUACAAAUCAACUUGUUCAGUGGCAGUGAAAGACCUUAUUAACCAACCAAUGUUCCUUUACGACAUGUACCUUGUGCUGGAUCAAAACCUCUACCCUGUUCCUUUACUUGUAGAGAACUACUUGUCAGAAAAUGAAAAAGUGAAUGAAGGAACUGACAGAACAAAAUGGCAAUUAACGAGAAGGUUUUUCAUUGUUGAUAAUCUAAUUGGACGAUCUGACAACCAAGCGUUAAAAUGGAUUCGUUAUCCUGAGAAGAUUGAGCUCAGCAUACGAGUGCGUUCAACUGAUGGUGAGAUCUACCCUCCAAUGUUACGUGUCAGGUACAAAGCUUUGGAUGUCCAAGACGAAGAGAUAAAAAAUGGGAACCAGGAUGCCUCUUUUGCAGUCACUUAUGAAAUGGAUACAAGCAAAAUUGAGAAAGAUACAGAGGUAUUAAUUUUCAUAUUUACAGUUUGUUAACUUAUUCGCUCCUGAGUAUUUCACUGAAAAACUUGUUUUAAGCUAGUGGAGCCAUUUUUGCAACAUAACAGUACUAGUUGUGAUGAAUGGUUUUGUUUGGAAAGCUCAUGGUUUUUGAUGGACAUUUAAUGUCCAAAUUUUGGUUCACUGUCACUUGUCAUGAUAUGUCAUGACAUAGUAUCUAUCUGCUUUUUGUUUUUUGUUUUUUUCGACGAAAUUAAUAAAAAAAAUUCAAAAAUAAUUAGACUAAAAGAAAUAAAUAUAUAUAAAAGUACAUAAGAUGUCAAGAUUAACACGCUAUGAUAUUAUGACAGUUACCAGUUUUCAGUUUUCAUUUUGAAAUGUAUGAGAAAACGGGAACUGCAAUUAAUAAGUGCGCUAUUUUCUCUAAAGCGGCAGCUAAUCCUGAGGUCGCGGAAAACUGGAGAAGGCCAUGGAAAUAGUCACUGAAAGUCAUGAAAUUUGAAGAGCUAAAAAGAGUACAAACCCUGUACAUUUGUACUUCUGUGGUGAUAUUUAAAGUGCCCUCGAUAAAAGGAAGGACCAAGGGACUGGCAAAAUGUGUUUGCUGUAAGGAAUUUUCGUUAUAUCGAGGUUCUUUUUUUAUAUAUUUGACUAGGAAACUCAUUCGUCGUACCGAGGACUUCAUUAAUAUAAUAGAGGUUCGUUAUAUCUGGGUUCCACUGUAUAAAGCAGUAUACCUUCAAAGAAAUAUCACAAUAUUAUUGCUUUGAAUUGAAUGUUAAUUUUACCAGUUUUCCCUUUGUCUUUACUCUCAACCUACAGAUAGCCAUUGGAUGCCUAUCUGCUCUUGCAGCAAUUCUGGCCUUGGUCAAGGUGUCUGCUUGGCGAAGACGUGAAGGCAAACUUGAGAUAGAUGGUUUCUCCUUUGUGAAAUUUAUUUUAUUUAGCUUGGGCACGUUCUCAACGAUGCUGUUCUGGGUUGCCUUUGGAAUGGCAGUAUACUGGUUGAUUUUCUUUAAACGCCAAAAGACAGUGUCCUUACUCCUGCCAUCAGAAAGCCAGGAAAAAUUGUUUCUUACACUGUUGUAUGUGACCUUCGUGUUCAAGUUGCUUGAUGUUCUUCACAUGUUGGCAUCGCAGGUGUUUUUUGACAUAUUUUUUGUCGACUGGGAGCGUCCACAGGGGAGAGUCAACCAACCUACUCAGGGGGGAGAGGCAGGGGCAAUGGAUGCACCAGUCAGCAUCUGGAGAACUUUGUUCAUUGCCAAUGAGUGGAAUGAGAUACAAACAAUGAGGAAAACCAACCCUGAAUUACAGAUAUUCAUAGUUUUGUUCUUUCUAAAGGUGGCUGGAUUUGAGUUUUUGGCGACUACAGACCCUGUGGGCAUUUUCUCUGCAAACUACACAACAGAUUACAUCGGGGAGUUCAGCAAAGUACUGCGAUUUGCCAUUCUUUCAAUCCUGUUCCUGGUUAUAGAGGCUGUACAAUGGUUCUUUUUUGCAUUCAUCUAUGAGCGUUUUGUGGGGGAUGCACUUGGUGACUUCAUUGACUUAUGCUCAAUGAGCAACGUGAGCAUCUUCAUAUUGGAGGUAAGCAAUAAGUGCUUAUUGACUGAUCCUGAGGGGAAAAAAUUACAGUCAAACCUCCAUGCACGACCACCUCUAGUAAGCAACCACCUCCCAUAAGCGACCACCUAUCCAAAAUUUUCCACAUUUAUUUUCUCAGGCUCUCAUGAGAAAUUUUCUUUGCUGCUAAAUAUUACAUAUAACUAAUUACAUCUACAGCCCUUGAAAAAUAUUUUAAAAAAUGCAAUAUUGUUUAAAUUACUCUGGUACAAGGUUUUUGUCCACUGAAAAUUAAAAUUACUCAAUUUCCUUAUGGAUUCCGUGUUAAUGCUUUGUCUCAAUGGAACUCAAUGGAUGUGCAAUCUUAAGUUUUGUGUUGAUUCUCCUUCAGACAUAAUAAUUUCAUUAUCUUUUGCAGAAUAAUAGGUAUGGGUAUUACAUCCAUGGGCGAUCUGUUCAUGGUCGGGCAGACACCAACAUGUGGCAGAUGAAUGAGCAGCUGAAGCGAGAAGAAGAAGACCUGUGUGGAAAGAGAGGACUUGAACCCAACACUGAACGACAGACCUUUGAAAUGGAGGUACCAUUUAAAUUCCGUGAGCAGUACGAUGAUGUUGUAAGGCCCUUACGUCAGGGUGAUGUACAGUUGCAGAGGAGGAACAUACCUAAUAAUCCCAGUGGUAAGUUCAACGUCAUUUAAGAGUUUCUAUUUCCCAGUUGCCCCAGGCCUUUUCACAGGCUACCCAAGCCUCUGUUUCAAGGAAAGGCUAAGGCUAGGUCCACACUAUACUGGACAGCCAGAGUAUAGUAUUAGCCUGCGUGCAAGCUCUCCUAUUUGGGCGAGCGAAGCGAGUCUCGCGAGGCUGGCCCAAAUAGGAGAGCUUGCUCACAGGCUAGUAUAGUAUGAACACCUAUCCGACCUGUCACUCUUAGCCUGCGUGGCAGGCAUCGAAAGGGGUAGGGGAUAGGAAGGAAGGGAAAAAGGGAGGGGGUUUUAGGGGAUAGGGUUAGCUUUUCUCCGCCUGAAAAACAAACCUGAAGAAAAUGUGAGAUGCAGGGCUGGUGAAAGUAAUUUAGAUUUUGGAGUCAGGGAAUACCGUGUAGCAUGAAAAUUUUGCGGGUUCUAAUUUUUGCGAAUUUUGCGGAUUGACCUCGAUCCGCAAAAAUAAAAUAAUAAAGUAUGGUAACUUACAAAGUUUUAUGCUGAUACUUCCAAAGGGAGCAGAGAUUUUGCUCUACAAAGUUGCGAAAUUUUACAGACAUUUCUAUGGUUGGGGGAUACGAACUAAAUUUGCUCCCAAUACAAACGUCUGCAAAAUUCCGCGACUUUGCGGAGCUAUCUUCGUUUGUUUUAAAGUCACUUUCAAACUUGUUGAUUUUAAGGCGUUCUCCUCAGCCUAGCCUCCCACGCAGACGUUCUUAAGGGUUCGUCACGCGUUCCUGGCCCACUCAGUGGGGCAGGAACGCGUGACGAACCCCUGGCGGCCGGGAAAGCUCUUAUGUGGGUUAAAAACAUUACCGAUUUUUGGAGAUUUUGCUAUCUAAACAUUCCUUGUCUUAGAAUAAAUAUUACCUUAAUCGUUAUGAGUUCCUCAAGCGAAGAAUUCACGCAUAAGUAGGAAAACUCAAAAACAGGUGUUUCUGUUGGUUUCUGGCGGCCAUAUUUGUGCCCCUGAAAGGGACACAAACAUGGCGUCUCCAUACAAAGCUUUAUAAAUUUGGGUAAAACGUUUUUUCGAAUAUCUCGCAUAAGAACUAUUGCAAAGACCUGAUUCUUGGCAAGGCUUUUUGUAUAUUUAUCUUCUUUCAUUUCUCAGAUUCUAGACUUUCUGUAUUCAAAGGUUUCCAUUUUUAUUUCUGCUUUCUCAUGUGAGUGAAAACCCUUUUACCAAGAGGCAUCGACUUUAAAUCUGUUUCGCUUUUGUUUUCCAGGGCAAGAUGGUCGUCCAAGCCGGCUAACUCCAGCGGUAGAGAAACGAAUCCAGGCUUACAACACCUUGAAUCGCUUUCUAUCAGCUUUCAUUGACCAUUCCUUAAGGGACAUGGAUUACCUUGUACGAGACAAGCUGCUUUUCGAACACAUCUUAAACAUGGAACUUAAAGAACUUCCCCCACCGGACAAAGCGAUAUUCUACAACGAUGACGGACGUUCAUUUAAUUCCAUUCUGUUUUACGGCAACGAAUGGACUUUGAUGCUGUUUGAUCUUCUCAUGUUUGCCUUUGUUGAUUCACUUGCUCAAGAUUUUGUUCUCGCUGGCGUCAUCACUUAUCUUGUCACAAAGGCACUUAUAAUAUUGAGAGAUAGCUUUGGGCGGAAAAACUUAACAAGAAAAACACUUGUUGAUGAGCGGUUCUUAAUUUAA